UCGCGAAUGGUCCGGGUCCCUCCCAGGCGCGAGCGGCGCAGGCGGUGCGCCGUGGCCGCGGAGCCAUGGACGGGAGUGGGCCCUUCAGCUGCCCCAUCUGCCUGGAGCUGCUCCGGGAGCCGGUGACACUGCCCUGCGGCCACAACUUCUGCCUCUUCUGCCUGGGCGCGCUCUGGCCGCACCGCGGAGCGGGCGGCGCCGGCGGCCUCGGAGGCACGGAGCGCUGCCCGCUGUGCCAGGAACCCUUCCCCGACGGCCUCCAGCUCCGCAAGAACCACACGCUGUCCGAGCUGCUGCAGCUCCGCCAGGGGUCGGGCCCGGGGCCCGGCCCCGGCCCGGCCCCUACCCCGCCGGCCCCGGCCCCGGCCCCCGAGCCGGCAACACCCAGUGCGCCGCCCAGCGCCCCGGAGCCGUCGGCUCCCAGCGCGCCCGAGUCAUGGCCGCCCGGUGAGGAGCCGGUGCGCUGCGAUGCGUGCCCUGAAGGCGCCGCCCUACCCGCCGCGCUCUCCUGCCUCUCCUGCCUCGCGUCCUUCUGCCCCGCGCACCUGGGCCCGCACGAGCGCAGCCCCGCGCUGCGCGGACACCGCCUGGUGCCGCCGCUGCGCAGGCUGGAGGAGAGCCUGUGCCCGCGCCACCUGCGGCCGCUCGAGCGCUACUGCCGCGCCGAGCGCGUGUGCCUGUGCGAGGCCUGCGCCGCCCAGGAGCACCGGGGCCACGAGCUCGUGCCACUGGAGCAGGAGCGCGCGCUCCAGGAGGCCGAGCAGCCCAAAGUCCUGAGCGCUGUGGAGGACCGCAUGGACGAGCUGGGUGCGGGCAUCGCUCAGUCCCGGCGCACGGUGGCCCUCAUCAAGAGCGCAGCCGUGGCAGAGCGGGAGAGGGUGAGCCGGCUGUUUGCCGAGGCUGCGGCCGUCCUGCAGGGGUUUCAGACGGACGUGCUGGGCUUCAUCGAUGAGGGGGAGGCGACCAUGCUGGGCCGCUCCCAAGGCGACCUGCGGCGGCAGGAGGAGCAGCGGAGCCGACUCAGCAGGGCCCGCCACAACCUCAGUCAGGUCCCUGAAGCCGACUCGGUCAGCUUCCUACAGGAACUCCUGGCGCUCAGGCUGGCCCUGGAGGAGGGGUGCGGCCCCGGGCCCGGACCCCCGAGGGAGCUCAGCUUCACCAAGUCCUCCCAGGCUGUGCGCGCGGUGCAGGCCGUCCUGGCCUCGGCCUGUUCCAGCCAGUGGGAGCAGCUGCGGGGGCUGGGCGGUGACGAAGACAGGCUGCAGAAGCCAGGCACAGAAGCAGACGCUGAGCCCCAGGACCCCGACAGCACCAACAACCUGGAGAGUGAGGCUCCUAGGGAUUACUUCCUCAAGUUUGCCUACAUAGUGGACUUGGACAGUGACACGGCCGACAAGUUCCUGCAGCUGUUUGGAACCAAGGGCGUGAAGAGGGUGCUGUGUCCUAUUAACUACCCCGAGUCGCCCACCCGCUUCACCCACUGCGAGCAGGUGCUGGGCGAGGGCGCCCUGGACCGGGGCACCUAUUACUGGGAGGUGGAGAUCAUUGAGGGCUGGGUCAGCGUGGGGGUCAUGGCCGAAGACUUCUCCCCACAAGAGCCCUACGACCGGGGCCGGCUGGGCCGCAACGCCUACUCCUGCUGCCUCCAGUGGAACGGACGCAGUUUCUCCGUCUGGUUCCAUGGGCAGGAGGCACCCCUGCCGCACCCCUUCUCACCCACCGUGGGGAUCUGCCUGGAAUAUGCUGACCGAGCCCUGGCCUUCUACACCGUGCGGGACGGCAAGAUGAGCCUCCUACGGAGGCUGAGGGCCUCCCGGGCGCGCCGGAGUGGCACGCCGGCCUCCCCGGUUGACCCCUUCCAGAGCCGCCUGGACAGCCACUUUGCGGGGCUCUUCACGCGCAGACUCAAGCCCGCCUUCUUCCUGGAGAGUGUAGACGCCCAUCUGCAGAUCGGGCCCCUCAAGAAGUCCUGCAUAUCCGCGCUCAAGAGGAGGUGAUGCAGGGGCCCGGGGCCGCCUCCCGCUGCUGACCCAGCUCCUGGGAAGCUUGCUUCUCUGCACCCCUGGUUUGAACCAGAGAAGGCAACAGCCUAGGACCCCCACACAUUCCCCAGCCUUCUCAUUCCUAAAGGCCUCCACCUUCUGUACCCAAGGCCUUCGACCUCUCAGGGAGGAGGCCCCCCCAGAUCCUGUCCCCCUGCAGGCCUUGUUUCUGGGAGAAGGAACCGCAGCUUGGACAGUUCCAAGCUACCCUGACCCCUCCUCUCCCAGGUUCCUGGGACAGUGCCUGGCACAUAGUAAGUGCUCAAUAAACGUUUGGUCUCUGAAUGACUCCCUUUUCUA